AUGGCAUAUGUGGAACGUGUCCUCACUCAAGGCUUCGAGGUUCAGGACACCAUGGAAGAGCUCCUCACAGUAUCCCGUGCACUCGGAAUGCACACCUCCAUCAUUCACGUACACCUCACAAACACUACUCAUCCUAUCGCUGACAGCUCAACAUCCGACCCGCUUAUCUCCCAUGGACGACACUUUGGUCGAACAGUAUUCGCACUAUGCAAUUACCCAUCUCUGCUCACUAACGGUAUCUUGAGACUGGAGCAGAUGGAAGAGACUCCACUGGAGGACUUCUCCGCUGACGAGCGGCAAGAACAUCGUGUCUUUGAGCAGCUUUUAGACUCUUAUCCCGGCCUCCUAGAGCGAUUGAAAAAUGGGUCCAAGGAAGAAAUUCUUCAUGUUGGAGAAUUAAUUGGCAAGGGAGCUGCGGGCGCAAGAGGUGACGAUACGAAGACACUGAAGUUGGCAGUACUUGAUUGGAUUUCCCCAAAAGGAGACACCAUACAGCCUCAUUUACACAGAAAUUUAAAGAUUGACCGUGGAUUUAACCACGAGCUUACAGGAUCCUUACUCUGUCCUGCUGGAAUGGACUGGAACGACCCAGAGACCAAGGAAAACCUCUGGAGCGGCGAGACAUUGGUCUGUGGAGACCAAUGGCCCAUUUUCUUGUAUGCCCAGUAUACUUACGACUCGGAUGAUCCAUGGUGUGGUCUCCUUAGGAGUCGAUUGCUUGUAUGCGCUUACAAGCACGUAUUUACGUCUCCAAGUUCGGUUGAAAAGGAGCCUAAAGCUACACGAUCCGGAAAUGCUCGCCUGCAUGGCAUGAACUGUGUGACUAUUGCUUCCAUAUCUUACAUUGCAACCCAGGUCCGAUUUGCUUUAAGUUCCUCCUCGGUCUUCUCAAGGACCGACACGACCACAGAUUCAGAAAUGUUUUACCAUAGCCUCCUGGACCUCCUGGAGGACCCCAAAGAAUGCAAGGAAGUUGAUGAACUGCAGACCUGGUGGAAUCAGCAAGUCUUUCCCACUUCGUCUGCUGCCAAGCGACCGGUCAGCACUAAUAGCACCUUGUCGAAGAUACAACAAAAACGCCUUGCAGCGAAACGAGCCUCAAAUCUGGAAGCAGUCUCUUCGUAG